AUAUCUUGAUAAAGCACACCAGCACGGUGACCUCAGUCCGAUAAAUUGCAGUGUCCUCAGGAAUUCCAGUUUUCAAGGAAAGGUCAUGGCGUCUGUGUCGAUUGGCAGCUUGUCUGCGCUGGCUCUGGUUCUCAUCAUUGUUUGCGCCUGGACCGCUCCAGCGAAUGCAAACUAUUGUUUCCCAAUGAGAUGUGACAACGGGACUCUGAAAUCCGACAGGUGUAAAGCAGGUAUGGACAUGGACGAAUGCUACAACAAGGUCUCGAAAGGCACCUUCAAUGUGCCGUUCAGAGAACCUCCAGUAUUCCACUACGGCCUGAGUCACGUAGAUAUAGAGGUUGGACCGGCACAGAGGACCUUGACAAGCAUCGUAGAGAUCACUAGCACAGACUUCGCUAUCCGUUGGGAAUGUGAAAAACCAGCAUUUUGCUAUGGCACUGACAUUAACUGGUUCGCAUGUGGACUUGUGUAAUAAAUACAGUCGAUGCAUGGAAGGAAAAAAAAAACACUUAUAAUCUACAAAUCCAAAUGUCUACGUUUUCCGCUCUGGUUUGGCCUUGAGAGAUACUGAGGCAAAUAAAAUAUAUAACGGUACUGUAAAAAACCGAAUAUUCUCCAAAAAUAAUCAAGUUACUGAAUUUCAAAUGAUUUUCGUUUAUUUCUGCAAUGAACUGUCUGCAUGAAAUUCCUCGAUGUAAAUAAAACAGUUUAAACUUCA